GAUCUAGGUUCCUUACAAUGAAUAACUCAAGCACCUUUCCCAGAAAUUGGCUUGCUGAAACUCGCGAAGCAGUGGUUCUCGGAGCUGAAGAAAAGGAGAUUCCUGCCUUGACAAGAGGACUGUGGCCCUUCCUCAGAGCGCCUCUGGACCCACUCUCCCUGUACCUCCCGGGAAAGAUGCGGCAGCUCAAGGGGAAGCCCAAGAAGGAGACGUCCAAGGAUAAGAAGGAGCGGAAGCAGGCCAUGCAGGAGGCCCGGCAGCAGAUCACCACGGUGGUGCUGCCCACGCUGGCUGUGGUCGUGCUCCUGAUCGUGGUGUUCGUGUACGUGGCUACACGCCCCACUGUCACCGAGUGAGUGCGCCGCUGGCUGUGGACACCAUGGGCAGGGAGAGGAGGCGCUGGAGGGGAAAGCAGUCGAAAAAUGGCUUUCUUCCUCGGAGCUGUCCAUGAUGCUGGGCUGUAAGCAGGAGCACCCUGUCUUCUCUAGUCUUUGACUUGAUUAAAGUUCUCCACUUUUCUUGGGAGGGAAUAGGGAACGUUUUUAUCAGUGAAUGUGCCAUAUACCUUAUGGUCCACUUCAUGUGCCUUUCAGACUUCAAAGCUGUGUGUACGUGCGUGCGUGCGUGUGUGUGCGUGUGUGUGUGUGUGUGUCUUUCCUGAAAUCAGUUAGUAGCUCCACCUGGUGAGAUAGGUGUCUCCGGGUCACGAAGCAGCUGGAAUCAGUACUCACCUCACCCCCAUUGUCUGGAACAUGACUCUUUCCUACACGUGUUCACAAUUUCCAAAGGGACUGUAUUUCUCCUCGUGCUCAAUGUGAUUUGAAAUAUGUUGACUCAAAGUGAAAUAUUUAUUUUUUGAAUAAAGGAGAUA